AUGCAAGUGAAGAAGAAGGAUCAAGGGCCUAUAAGGAAAGGGCCAUGGAAAGCCGAGGAAGACGAAGUGCUUCUAAGCCAUGUCAACAAGUAUGGCCCCAGAGACUGGAGCUCCAUUCGAUCCAAGGGCCUUCUUCAACGCACCGGCAAGUCUUGUCGUCUUCGUUGGGUCAAUAAGCUUCGUCCAAACCUCAAGAGUGGAUGCAAAUUUUCGCUGGAGGAGGAGAGGGUGGUGAUUGAGUUGCAAGCACAAUUUGGGAACAGAUGGGCCAAGAUUGCGUCUUAUUUGCCAGGAAGAACAGAUAAUGAUGUCAAGAAUUUCUGGAGUAGUAGGCGAAAGAGGAUCGCUAGGAUUCUGCAUUCUUCACCGCCAUCAUCUAAAUCCUACAAGAACAAAAAUGAAGUCCCCAGUUUCCACAAUGUUUCCCCUCUGGAGGCUCGUAAGUUCAGUUCUUCAUCUGUGGAAGAAUCAUCAUCAAAAGCUCAUCAGCCACGCUCAUCAUCCUUUACUACUGAGAAUUCAGAGGUCAUAAAGAUGGUGCCAUUGCAAGAUCUCAUGAACUCCACCAAUCCCUCGAGUUCUGACACAGUCAAUUCGAUCAAAGAAGAGUUUGCGACAUCGUUUGAGAGCUACAUGAGCACUGACAUAAGCUCAGGAAUUGGUUUCCCGCAGAUUUUUCCAUUCUCAAUGGAAAGUCAAGAUCUUUUCUUGGCCAGAUCUAAUGAGUCUGCUGGUUUCAUUGAUGAAUUGGGAUUAGUAGGGGACCCUAUGGAUGAUGAUGCCUCAGAACUUGGAAUAGGAACACAGAUUCCAUUUUAG